GCUGUGUAUAUAAAAGCCGCGCGGUUUUAUAGUGAGAUCAAUAACAUUUAGAGCGGAGCUAGUGAAAACAAGGGUUACUACAAUCUUCAGUACUUACUAACAACGAUGACUACUGAUACUAUUGAGGAGGAAGCGACACAAAGUGAAGGGAUUUUGGAAAACUCUUCACAAAAACCUGUCGACAUACUUUUCCCAGAAAUUGCAGCUUUCAAAAGACAAAUGUUGGAUUUCGAGAGAGGAGCGAUGUCAGCUCCUAAUUCAAGAUCAACGUCCUUUAAAAAUCGGCCGAGGCCGAAGGGACUUCGGUUCAAGCUUGAGGAGCCAAGGAGAAACAGUUUACCAGUAGGAUCCGAUGACGUUCUAGCCCAAUGCAUGUCCUACACGGAUAUCCGUGAUUCUGACGAAACAAUUGAGAGGGUACGAUCGUUUAAAAUGACAUCAAAAGGAAUAGAAAACAGAGGUGAUUCUUUCAGAAGAAAGAGUAACGGCAGUAUUGCAUCUUCUGGAUCUGCUAAAAUCACUGACCAUGACCAAAGGUGCGAUCGCAAACGACAAAGAAUCCCUAGUGACACAUCUGAUGGAAGCACGACUGGGUGCAGCUGUGCUUCGUCGUCCAGUUCAGGUUACUACAGAGUACUGGUCAUCGGGGACAAUGGAGUUGGCAAGAGCGCCCUUACAAAUCAGUUCAUGACAUCGGAGUACAUGGUCAACCUUGACAUAGCAACAGAUGACUUUGACAGCAGUGGCACAGUAUCUGUAUUACUAGAGGGAGAAGAGUCCACACUGGAAUUCAUCGACUCAGAUGACGUUGACCAGGAUGAUCAGGGAAAUCUGAACUUUGACGCAUAUCUUGCUGUGUUCUCAGUCGACAACCGGGCGUCCUUCGACACCGCUGUCGACAUGCUGAAUCACAUACGGGACAUACAUGGAAUGGAUAGGGCAAUUAUCUUAGUGGCUAAUAAAAUUGAUCUUGUCAGGAGGCGAAUGGUCAGCUCAGAAGAAGCAAAAAGAAUGGCUGAGCACUUCCAUAGUAAAUAUGCCGAGACGUCUGUCACCCUCAAUCACAAUGUCGAUGAAUUACUGGUUGGAGUGUUACGUCAGAUCCGUCUUAAACUUGAUCAUGAAGCUGUCGAUAAAACAGAAGGCUCAACAUCAGAAGUUCAAGGACGCAGAAAAUCUAAAGGUGCUCGCGGACUUUUGAGUCGAUUGUUCCGCAAAUCUUCAAAACAAAGCAGUUCCUGUGAGGACUUGUAUGACUUGUGAAAAUGUGCGAAAUGACAGACACUGUUUACAAACUGUGAGAGAGUUACGGAUGCAUUGAGUGAUAAUCAGCAUUAACGACCUUGUUUACGAAAUGCUAGGACUUGCCAGUCUGAAGAAAUUAUCCAAACUUCGUCCAUAUAAAAGGUUUAAAAGACAAUGUCUGAUGGUGCGAGUUUUGACAAUUAUAUUAACCAUAUGUGCCAAAGUCUUUAUGUUUCAAUCAAUUAUACACAGAUAUGUACAUAUCUUCCUUUUUUUCUAGUAUUGUACAUUAGUAUAUGUGUUUUCCCGAACUAUUCUUUAUAUCCUUAGCUGAUGUAAAAUAUCCAAUAUUCAUAAUAUAGAAACAGACAGAAAUGUUACAUAUUUCAUUAUCUGGUCAGUCAGGGGUUAAUUUUGUAUCGCAGGAUACGUAACCCAUAAUUAUAGAAUACAAAGAUACUAUUAUCCUUCAUUAUCAAUUUGUAUUUUUCAUUUUAAAGUUAGAUUUUCUAAAUAUUUAUUAGGUCGCCCUUUGAUUGAUAUUUCAAUUCAAAUAUAAACAAAUGUUACAUUCCAUUCACUCUUGUCCUCGUGUUGUACAUUAAUUUAAUUUUGCUUCAUAUUUCAAUUAAGACUUAAGUUUCAUAAAUAUUUUUGUUUUGGUUCAAGGUUUACUUUUGAUGUGAUGAAGAACAAUGAAACACUUCUAUGUGUUCUCUUUCUUCUUGUUGAAGAACAAAAAAAGUUUCCCUAUGACGUUCAAAAAGUAGUCUGUUGUAGUAUAUAAUAUCAUAUUAUAUAAUUAUUUAUAUUAUAUAAUGAUUUAGAUUAUGAUGUCAUAUCCCUCGUAUAAUCCACAGAUAUUAUACUUAUUACAUCUUAAUUAUGUUUUUCUUAUUAUAACCCGAAUCUUUCCUUAUUUAAAUGUGUUUGUUUUAAUAUUACGUGUAUACAUUAACGAAUGAUUACUGUCAUUCCAGAAUUUUUUGUAUGUCAAGGUGUAUAUAUAUAUAUGUACAUUGCAACGAGUUUGUAAAGAUCCAAAUAAAAUGUGAUAUUUGUA